AUGGCGAAGAAGAAAGUGUCUCAUCCCCAACAACAGAGAGCCUCGUCCAAACCAGAUGAUUUGGUGAAAGAGGUGGCUCCGCCGAUGGACCCCGAAGCUUCUGAAAAGCUCCAGAAUCUGAAGUCUCUGAACCAGAGGCUGCUCAAGGAGGCGGUCGAGCGCCGCCAGCUGGUGGACUCGCUCGUUCAAUGUAAAACCUCUCUGGAGACCGAGUUGACCCGUUCAAGCUCGGAGGUGAAGGUCCUCAACUCGGAGCUGGCGCGGAUGGGCGAGACCGCCGCGAAGCUGGAACUCGAGACAAGCGUGGUGGCCUCGUUUGUUGGAAUGCAGCUUGGCGCGGAAGGGGAGGCGGUUCGGCGGGAAAUGAACGAGCUGAAGAGGGUGAUUGACGAAAAAGUGAGUGCGAUUGAUGAAUUGACCGCGAAAUUGUGGGAAACGGAGGGUUUACUGGGAAACCAGAAGGAGGUCUCAAGGAGAGUGGGCUUAGAGAGGGACGAGGUCAAGGAGAUGCUCGAUCUGCAGAUUCAGGAAGGUCGAAGGAUGAAGGAGAGUCUGGUCAAGCUUGAGGAGAGAGAAAUGGCUGUCGGACGAGAGCUUGGGGAACUGAGGGAUGCGUAUGAUCUCGUGGUUGGUGAUAAUGGGGGUAUGAAGCUGAGGAUUGAUGCUAUAACGAAAGAGAAAGACUCGAUACAGAGGAGUUUAACAGAGUCGAACAAAUUGGUGGAGGCCUCACGUGAAAAGCUCUCUGGUGUUAUUAGAGAGAGAAAAGUGAUUGAAGAUGAGAAAGAAUCGGAAGUGGUUAGAAGCCAGAAGUUGGAAAAGGAUGUCAAUACACUGAAUGAGAUAGUCAAUGCUUUGCAGAAAGAGGAGUGUAAGCUGCGUGAUGUUGUAGCCGUGCUGGAGAAUAAAUGCACUGUGGGUGAGGAGAGGCAGAAGGAGAUGGAGAGGGAGAUUGAUCGUUUGUUGGAGGAGAAAAAGGCUAGUGAGGAGAAAAUUGAGGGUUUAGCUGCCCAUAAAACUGCAGUCGAGAGGGAAAUGAAGGACAAAUUGGAGAAACUUGCAGAGGAGAAAUGUAAAUCCGAGGCUUUGGUUAAGGAAAAUGCGGUCCUAGUGGAGGCCAAAAGUGGUCUUGAGAAUGAAGUGAGUGUCUUGCAGAACCAGAUAACCGAACUCAAGUCUGUCGUAUCGAAAAUGGAGGAAUCCAGUCGGGUUGAAUUGAGCAAGGUCGAAAGCUUGGUAUCUGAGGUGGGAAGCUACCGGUUGAAUCUUGAGCAGGUGAAAACCGAGAGGGACAAUAUGAAAGUCUAUCUCGAUGAGGAGAAGGCGAAAGCUUUGAAACUGAAGGACAAUAUCGUCAUUUUGGAGGGUAAAAUUGAGGAUAUCCUUAGGGCCUCCGAGAAUGUGAAGGCCGAAAAUUCUGUUUUAUUUGCCGAGAAGGUGGAGUUGGAAAGCCAGUGUAAAUUGCUGAAGAAGGAAAUUGCUUCCUUGGAGAAUGCCAUAACCGAGUGGAAGAAAGAAAUAGAUUUGAUGAAGGGUAGAGUUCAAAAAUCGGACGUCAAGUCUGGUGUGGUGCUGAAUAUGGUGAAGGAAACUGCAGCCUUUUGCUCGGAGGACUAUGGUGACAUCAUGGGGGCCGGUGAUUGGGUCAGCGAUGGUGAAGAAACAAAGGCUUAUGCAGAUGAACUUGAACUGAUUAAGAGUGCUUUCAAGAAUAAAGCGGGCAAAAUCGAUAGCAUGAAGAGGCAGCUGGAGCAGCUUCAGGUAACUGUAGAGGAUGCACACAAGAAGAAGAGCUUUUGGACCAUUUUGUCCUCGGCCACGACUCUCCUGGCCGCGGUUUCUCUUGCUUACAUUGUUCGGGGGCAUUGA